AUCUUAUUGUCCUGAACUCAGCAGAUUUUUAUUCCUGCCUUUCCCUUGCAGGGAGACGAGAUGCCAGACAUUCCUCCUGAAUCCGUCACAGAGGAGCAGUACACAGAUGAGCACGGCCACAUUGUCGUAAAGAAGGUCACCAGGAAAAUAAUUAGGCGUUACGUUUCACCAGAUGGUACGGAAAAAGAAGAAGUCUUAAUGCAGGGACCCGAUCAAGAGCCAGUCAGCAUUGAGGAGGGCGACACGUAUUCCAAAGUUGUAAAAAGAACCGUUUUGAAGAGUGAAAGUGACCAAACCGAGGUGACAUUUUCAGAACCCCAUGCCAUUGCAAGUGGCUCUUCAGAGUUUCAGAUGGAACCCGUUCACGGUCGCAAGGUUAGCAAAGUCAUAAAAACAACAGUGAUGCACGGAGAGAGGAUGGAGAAGCUCCUUGGAGACACUACGCUAUCUACUGAUCUUCCGUCAGCCAAAGAGGACUUUGAGCAGGCCCUGACCUAUGCUGGGGGCUCGUCGAAAGUCCAACUACCGAACUUAGUUGAACAGGAAAUUGUAAAGGACGAUGGAUCAGUGAUCAAAAGGACAAAGCUGUGUAAAGUCAACACCCGGAAGAGGACUGUGGUGAAGGACGCAGAAGGAAAGCACGUGCACCUGGAGCGGCUCGAGGACGUUCCUGAGGCCUGGCAGAAAGACGACCUUCAGCACGACCUGCAACAGCUCCUCAGCCGCUUCUGCACGGACAAGCAGCAGCAGCAGCAACACGAAGCCAAGUAAAGGCAGGCCAGCGUCUUUUGUUUUAGUUUCUCAUAAGCGUAUCGAUUUGGCAUUCAGAGUCUCCAGCGCCUUCACGUGGCCCUGAAAGAAACUGCACUUUGUUUCCUUUUCUUCUCCACAACUUUUUUUUUUUUUUGUUUUGUUAAAACCAUUUGGCAAAUUUUGCGACCAAAGAAAGUGUCAGUUUUAGUUGGGUGACGUCACCAGGAAGAUCAUCUGCUAUCGUUUGCCCGAUGGAUGACGGUUACCGCACAGUCGGCUUCGUCCACAGACCUCUUCGCAACACGUCUGGACUGUCAAAAUGGAGAGAGAAGGAGCGAGAAACUGCGACUCUUUCAAAUGUAAAUACAGCUCGAACGCUUGGACCUGCUAAAGUACACUGCCUAUCGUAAUUCCACUAAGCGUCACUGCUCACUGGAUCAUCCUCGUCCCUCAAGGGAUGGCGAAUCAAAACCGACGGCUAUCACCAGAAUGGACGAUCUCUUCAGGCCCUUCACAGAGCACUUGAUGAGUUUGUCUCAAGGGGUCAAAGUAAAGUGACAGAACACAAAACCAAUGAAGUCCGUGAACCCAAGAGAGCGAAAGUCACGUCAUCGUCACCGCAGCCGACGUCCCGGACGUGUCCACAGGCUGGUAUCCAUGCUUAAGAAUAGGGAGGGAGGGCAAAAGAGCACAGGGUGGCAUCUCAGCUGCCGUGGCUUCUUCCAAAUCCUUCUGCGUCCGUCGUCGCCUGUAUGGGUGAGGGUGAGGUGGCACGGCGUGGCCCGUUCACACUAGUGGCGCCUGAGCCAAAGACGGGAAUUCAGAGGGGUGGGUGGCGUUCGUUUCGCUACUCGUUUUCUUUCAUUCCUGCAUGUGGCGUGCAAGGCUGUCGUUGGCACAUAAUGGCUUGGUAUUCCCUAGUGGCACUGAGUGGGCUUCUUUGGAGUUUCCACUCGGCCUUUUUGGGGACUUUGUACUUUCACAUAUUGUCUUCUUUUUUGCACUUUUUGUUUUUUAUUAUUAUUAUUAUCAACCUUUCCGAGACCUGCUGCAGCAUUUUCACACUUUGUUCAAAAGACGGAUCACAGUGGGGCACACGGCGCUUCGCCAGUCGCAGCCCGAGCAGUUGGCGCUCGGCGCCGGUGACGACUUCCCGCAUCCCCCUCGGUUCGUAUUUAAUCUUUUAGCUGCCAAGAGUGGGACAUCCUGCCAUCUUCACGGCCUUUUCGCGAGUCGCCACAGCCGCUAGUAAGGACUUGCACGCGAUGACAGCGACCACACGAUUUUGUCUUUGAGCAGGUUGGAGGGGAGUUUCCGUGGUGUUCUUUGCGGUGCAGAAUAUAUCGAUGUAAUGACAUUAUGGUUUUUCACUUUACUUUUUUCUUUUUGUGUAAUCAAGAAAUUUCAGAACUGUGAGAGAAGUAAACUUUUAAGUUGAUGAAUCAGCAUCUUGUUCCCAUGGUGAUAACGACUAUCUAUAUACCGUAUAUCUAUGAGGGCAUGUAUUAGCUAACAAAAAAAAUCAUUAAUUAAUGAACAUUAAACACUAACGAUGCAUAGCAGCUGCAAUGUGUACAUGGCUGAUUUACCGAAAAUAAAAUAUCCAAGUGUUAAAUGUACCAA